AUGCUCGCGCAAAUAUGGAUGGCUCUAAAACUAGGAUGUCUUCAACAUUUAUGUAUGGAUACUCGUUCGAUGAAUAAAAACACAACACAUUACUCAACAAAGGCAUCGAUUUACUAUAACUCUGUAAUAAAAGUCUACCUACAGUGCGACCACCAAUGUCAUGACGAAGUAGCACGAUCCAGCAAUGAGCAAAAGGAGUACGGAAUGAAUCAGGUUUUUUCUUCGCCCGAUCUAUCGCGCUACGAAAAAGAACUUGGAAUGUUGUGCUCCUUCCAGACGUGCUACCUUCAAUGCAUGAUCCCCAUCGUCGACGAGGUAUGUGCGCCUGACAUGAGUCACAAAACUGUGGAUUUGGUGCGAUCCUUCAUUCAAUGGCAUGCCACUGACAUAUCAGAUUGGCAUGCCGUUGCGGGACGAUUUGAAGAAUUACCAGACAGUUGUCGACAACUCGCCAGCUCACCACCUGAUCCAGCAUUGCAACUAAUCAAUCGAGACUGA